UGGACGAAUAUUGACAAAUUCCAUCCGUUCAACCAUUCAGAGGACACAUUAGCUGCCAGUAGAGCAUAGCACAUGCACCAUUCGCACGUGUUGUAAACGGACAUGAAAAAGGUGAGAUACGAUGGGUGAAUUUCGUGUCCACCAUGUCAAGUUUUGUGACUAUGUUCCCAGUGCUAUUCAGUGCAUUGCCUGUGACAGACACGGUGGUACAUCUUGUGAUAGACUAGCUGUCGGACGGGAGGAUGGAUCAGUAGAGAUAUGGAGCAUUAAGGAUAAAUGGUACCAGGAAAAGGUCAUCCCAGGUUCUGAGAAGAGACGUGUAGAUUCAUUAGCAUGGGUCAAUGGCAGACUCUUCUCUUCUGGCCUACAAGGAGACAUCACUGAGUACGAUCUCAAGAAAUGUGCGCCAAAGAAGACUGCGAUGUAUGGCAGUGCCUUCUGGUGUAUGCAGCAAAAUCAUGCUGGAACGCAUUUAGCGACUGGUACUGAGGAUGGCUGUGUGAAGCUAUUUGAAAUAGCUGAAGAAGGUGUGACCUAUGACCGGUCACUUGACCCCCAGGAAGGUCGCGUGAUGACCUUAGCAUGGCACAGGUCAGAUGAGGUCAUCGUUACAGGGUCAGUCAACACUAUCAGGAUAUGGAAUGUCUCAACAGGUCACGCUGUGCAGAGAAUCAGCAUGCCCAAGGUAUCGCUGCGCAGUAUGCUAGCACCACCAGAUACCAUUGUGUGGAGUGUCACCAUCACCAGUAACUACACCAUCAUUAGCUGUGACUCAACAGGCAAAACACAGUUUUGGAAUGGAAGGACAGGCACUUUAAUCAAGAGUUUCUUAAGCCACAAAGCCGAUGUGCUUACAAUGUGCAUAAGUGAAGAUGAGAGAUCAGUCUGUACGGCAGGAGUGGAUCCUUCCAUUGCACAGUUUCACCUGGUAGAUAAAGACGGUAGCUCUGACAGACUGACGUGGGUACGGUCUCGCAAUCUGAGUGAUAGAGCUCACAGUGUGGGUCACACUCAUGACAUCAAGGCCUUGGUCCACGUUGGCAACCAGGUGGUGUCUGGAGGUGUGGAUACCAAUUUGCUAGUGAGCCCUGCCGAGGCUGAACCUACUAAGAAUUGGAAACAGCAGACAACUCACAUCAGAAGAGUCAUCUCUGCUUUUCCUCAUAGAUCUGGUGUGUACUGUGCCCCGGAUGCAGAGUGUCUACUCUUUCAAUUUCCGACGCACUUAGAGCUGUGGAAGCUGGGAACUGCAUUAUCAACUGAAGGUUCUGAUGGGGAAACCCUUCCACUGUCCGAUCAUCAGGUUAAGCUCCUAGAGUUGAAGGCUAAGAGCGCGGAGCAUAUCGCCUGCAGUGCUAUUAGCAGCUGUGGCAGAUGGUUGGCCUACUCAGAUGUGAAUGGUGUACGCAUGUUUCACCUCAACCACUCUCCGCUAUCAUUAUCAAAGGUUCCUGCCCUACCAUCAGGUUUGCAGCCAGCUCAUUUGAUGACAUUCACGCAAACUUCAGACAAGCUGGUACUUGCCUCCCAGCAAGGAUCAAUCCAGGUAAUACGGGUGGACAGCAUUCAACCAACCCUACUGCAUACCUUCCCUCCCUUAGAAGACUCCAUCAGCCACCUGGCGGUCAACAACAACGGAAAAUUCAUUGCUGUGGCUGACAACAAAGGCAACAUUCUUGUCUAUAACUUGGACAACAAAAAGCUUCAGUGCAGACUUCCUGGCUACCGGCACCAACCGAGUGCCCUUGCAAUCAAUCCACACUCACAGCAUCUGGUUAUUGUCUACACGGAUCGCACGAUUGCAGAGUUUGAUUUCCUGCGCAAGGGCUUCAGUGGAUGGACCAAGAAUCUACACAAAGUAGGCCACCAUGAGGCCUGGUUGGGCAGACGGGAGAUUAUCACCACUGUAACCUUUGACCCAGAGAGACCAGAUCACAUGAUGCUGCAGGAUUCACAGGCAUUCUACAUCAUUGAUAGGAAGAAGCCACUUCCCACGCGUUGUGAGAAGCUGUUCAACCGAGGUCUGGGUAGCCCCCCACAGGGAGAAAGCAAACAACACGGCUUCAAUAUCUGCCAUCGAUACAAGCCACUAUUGUAUGCUGGAUACUUUGGUAAGCCAGGCUGGUUGGUGGUUGUAGAGCGCCCUCUAGAAGACAUCUAUGAGAGUUUACCAUCCACACUUCCGGAGAAGAAAUUUGGAACAUAGCUGGCCAACAUUUAGGAACAUUCUCAUGUACCAUCUUCAGGAUUUUUUUUAUUUGAUAAAUGGUAUCUGCCGUGUCAAGAUCCCAACUAGACACGGUGAUGUCAAGCAGUAAUCUCCUAUUAACGGUGGAUUUUCCACUCAUUUUUUGUCUACUUUGUUGACCACUCUGUUUAACCAAUCUGUUGUUAAAGCUUCCUUGUUAGAAAAUGCUUCUACGAUAAAGCUCUAAUGUUCUGUCAGGUUUAACUACCAAUGGCUGUUAUGAUUUUUUUUUGCACUUUGAAAAAUUGUUUCAUGAUUAAUUAUUCUUAUUGUUGUCUCCAGAUACAAAAGGGUUGAGAUGAAACUAACGUUUUGCUAAAUCCAGUUUUACUUUCAUUAGAAAGCCACAGAAGACCAUGUUGUCAUUUCACUGAAACUAGUUUUGGUUUCAUAUUCUGAAGAAAACAAACAGGCAGUUAAACAGACGUCUGACUUCUGCUUAAAGGGAACCAAAAAUAGACCGAGGGCCUGAUAAGUAUGACAAUACCUGCCAUAUUUGGUAUGUCUGUGCUGUGGCGACAAAGUGGAUGUCCCCUAACUAAUUAAUUAUAAGAGAAGGCUUGAUUUUGAAGUGAAGUAAGCACUUAUGAAACUGUGCACUCUGUUUGGUCGUCUAAACAUGCAUUCAUUCAAAAAUUAUACAAGUCCACGUUAUUCCAAUUAAAUUCCAUAUGAAUUAUUAUUUUUGGGGUGCCUUUGUGUUGUUUCACUUCUCACUUUUGUUGAUGAUUGUAAGUGUACACAUCUUUUGUUUUUGCAUAUGAGGUUUUGUUACAUGUCAAAAGCACUAUGCAAUCAGUCUAAAUUACCUAAAAUCAUGUAAGAAUAUUUCAGCAGCCGAUUUCACGAAACAGUGUCAUGUGGAACUUGCACCAUAAUUUUACACAACAAAUUUGUUACAAUAACUUUCAUAAAAUUUGGUGUCCCUACACAAUGUUUUUACUAUAUUUAAACAUCUUGAAUAAGGGUAAUAAUUGCUUUUAUGAUGCUGUUAGUGCGUAAUGUCUUUUCAAGUGUUCAGUCACAGAAUACAUAUUGAAUCAUCUCUGCCUACCAGUGUCAAA